GACAGGUAGUCUAACCACAAGAAUCACUAAAAUAUGGCGGAUGAUUCGGCGCUGGUCGAAGCCGAAGAAUUACCCGAUGUAUCGUAUGAUCCACGAGGGCAUAUUCACCAAAGCUCCCUUCAAAGGGAAAUCGAGAGACCAUCUAACAUUUCUUUACCAGAUGAUGUAGAAAUUUUCGCUCCGAAGCCGAAUACUGUUCCGGAUUUGAUUGUUGCUGUUUUUGUGGUGCAUUUCGACACACGUAAGGGUAAUAUUAUAGAAUGGAAAUACCCCAAAGACGUUGAGUUAAGUGAGGUGGAAUUCAAGGCAUUAGCAAGUGGUUCACAUACCAUUACACAGGAUUUUAUAUACUUCAAAACUAAGGAUAAUUUAUUUGGACUGAGUUGCUUUGAGAGGAUAACAGUUGAUAAUGCUGAAGAAAGAGGGUCCCGGAUGAAGUCUGUUGGUAUUCUAUGUGCAAGAUACACAUCACUACAUGAGCACCUGCCUUUCUUGGAGGAUGAAGUGACGAAGCAGUUAGACAAUCCUGGUCACUAUGAAGACCUUGAAAAUUACUACCACAGUUUUAAACAUUGUAUAGUAAGAAACAACUUUGUAGCAACACCACCGCCAGAGCAUUUACCAGGACUGGAGGAGAUCCCUGUCUUAAAGAUUACUCAUCCUGCAGGCUGCUUCCCACAGUUCAUUAAUUUCUUUGGAGACAAACUAUUUGCAUUGUGGAAACUUGUAUUGUUACAAAAGAGAAUUCUAUUUUUCUCACCUCCGCCAGUGGGCGUGGCUUGUUAUAGAGUUUAUUGUGCAUGUCUGUUGGCCAGUCAUGGAAUCCCUUUUGGUUUUGAAACUGGUAGUAAUCCUCUCUUCUUUACCAAUGUAUGUGACCUGGAGACAUUACACAAUGAGCACAAGUACAUAGCAUGUACAACAGAAAAAAUAUUUGAAACCAAAGAAGGUGUCUGGGAUGUGUACGUAGACAAUCAAAAUAUACAGGCUAAGGGAUAUCUCAAUAUAAUGACGCACACCAAUCAUGCUGACCGAGAACGAUUUGAAAUGCUGGAUAUUUACAGGCGAGAUCAACUGAUCAAUGGUGGUGAAGUUGUUGAUGACGAAAAAAUGUAUACAAAGUAUUUUGUUCAUCUAAAUAACACAUUAUUCCAAGCUUUAUUCGAAGUAGCAUCAUCCCCAGAUAGAAUACUCAAGGCAGAAGUAAUACAACGAGUUGGUUUGGAUCCCAAAGCUGAUUUAACGUUUCUCAAUGAUUUGACAGAACUUUAUGGUAUUGAUGUACAAAUACCUGAACCAACCUGUUGUCCAUUUUAUGAACCUAUAAAAUAACAUGGAGAUCACAAGAGAUCAAAUAUUAAAUAAUAUGGGGAUGGAAUUAUUGAAUAAUACAAAUAAAGGAUACAUUUGCGCCUCCAGUAGGUGUGAUAGAGUCAUUAGGUGCUCUUGCACCCCCAUUCCUGGCCAGGAACGACUCAAAAAUGCAGGAAAUAUGGCAUCUUCAAGAAGGUACAUUUUGCAUUAUUCAGGGGAACACGAUUGAAGUCCUCACACUAAAUGUGCCUUUUUGGCAUCUGCAAUAAUUAUUUGUCUCAGGAUUAAACUAACUCUACUGAACUUCCUAGAUCUUCCUAUGGGUUGAGUGACAAAGUUGGGUGGGAAAGAGUAAAUUGACCAUCAUUGUCAUAGCAGGCAAGAGAAUUCGUGAAGACAUUUUCUCCUUCCCUUCAUCUGAACCAUAUUUGCAGCAUUCAGAUUUACCCCUCCGUCCAAUCAAUAGCUCCCCCUGCUAUGGCUCUGAUUAUAUUUGCCAUAAUGUUUAAUGUCAUACCAACCAACUUAAAAAUAUUGUAAUACAGGAUUAGAGCUGUAAUUUGUACAAAGCAUUCAAAAAUUUUCAAAUUGCAAUGGGGAAAGAAAAAUCAUUUCUAUUGCUUAGGGGGGGUUAGUAUUAUAAAAUAUAUUUGAAAUAGUAUGACUGAUAUCAGAAAAAUUAUAGAACUAUCAAAUAAUAUUACUAGCUUGCUACAAGCUGGAUCAUUUUAGUCGUGAUAUGGAGGAAGGAUUGGUCUUUCUUGCUACACAAGUGAUUGCUUCAUAAGUUAAGCCUGGUUGUCUCUAGCAACGCAAGUAGACGCAACUCCAAGACCAUGAAAACAAGCGAUGCAUACGCACACGCAAGAGGAGAGAAUGCAAAAGUUCGUUUUUCUCGUGCUGGCUUGCUAGUGAGAACCAGGCUUUUCCCUAGUUCUUAUGAUAUGACCCAAAAACUGACCCUAAUUCCAGACGUUUGCGCAACAGUUUGAAGCUGGCAAUGUGUUGUUAAAUCUUUGUCUCUGCGUUGCAUAUUAUAUGGGACAUCAGUAUCUUUUGCGCAAGACUGUUGCACUAAGAACCAUCGUUGCUAGUCCUCCCGUGUAACGUCUACUAAAGAGAAGAAAUAAGACGGAGCCUUCGGCUCAUUUUGGAAGGAAUAAAAUUCUUCAAUCGUUUGUUUUCCUCGAUACAUCUUUUUCUCGGAAACGCAGAACCAUUAUUUUCUCGACAUUGCAUACUAAUUGCUUAAGAUUCCACAAACAGCAGGACCAAAAGAAGUUCUUCACUCGUAUUAACCUCCAACAUGUACCCGGCUUUUACUGAAGUUUAUGUUGUUUUUUUUUUAAAUUUUUCCGAGAAUGCGCGCAAGUGCGUUACCGAGAAAAGGGCCUAUUGAUUACGCAAACCUUCUGUGGAUAGGGCAUUUUUAUUAUGGCGUUACUACCACUACCAGCAAUCAUUGCAGCGCACAUUUUCUUUUUCGUUUAAAUUUUCAUUGCUUUAUAAAUAUCAAGUAAUGCUAAUUGGCUUAACGAAAGAAAGUGUGCAAAAGGUUCUGGUAGUAGUAUCAUAAUGCAAACUGUCUGUUUUUUAACCAUUCAAAGAAGCUUUAAUUUCUCUCGUUAUAGAGAAAAAACUAAUACUAAUUUGAGGGAUAUUUUUCGUUUAAUGAAAAACACUGAAUUAAUUUCUUCAAGCUGCCUGAAUAUUAAAUGUAUUUUAAAAGUA